CACUGUUAUCAUUGUAAUUUUCCCACCAGUUUUCAUAAUUUUUAUUUCGUCGAAAGUUAAACAGAUUUAUAUAAUUAUAUGUUAUCCGGUGGUCGUUUUAUAAUCGGAGCUUUCUAAAGCGACCUACGCUGGGAUUUAACUAAACAAUAUGGCAAAAUUAAUAUAUUAUCACAACUUAUUGUCACAACCGUCCAGAGCAUUGUACAUGUUUUUUAAAAAAGCCGAAGUUCCAUUCGAAGGAAAGGUUGUGGAUUUACUGAAAGGAGAACAGUUUACAGCCGAGUUUGAAGCCAUAAAUCCAUUUAAAAAAGUACCAGUCAUCAACGAUAAUGGAUUUUUUCUUAUUGAAAGCAUAGCAAUUCUGCGUUACAUUUGUCGUACUUAUAACGUGGCAGAUCACUGGUACCCUAAGGACUCUGUGAAACAAGCACAAGUAGAUGAAUACCUUGAGUGGCAGCAUACAAAUACUAGAGCGGAUUGUGCUCUCUAUUAUUUACAUAAAGUUUUGUGGCCAGUUAUGAAUGGAAAACCGGUAAAUGAACAGAGAGUCGCUCAAUUAGAAAAAAAAAUGAUCACAACUUUAGACCUUAUAGAAAACAUUUGGCUGAAAAAUAAAACGUUUUUAAGUGGAAAUGAAAUUUCCAUUUCUGAUAUUAUUGCUAUUUGUGAAAUCGAUCAAACAAAAAUGGCUGGUUUCAAUCCAUAUGCCAAUCGUCCAAAUUUAUCUAACUGGAAAAUGAGAACGGCAACAUAUUUAAGCCCGUAUUAUGAAGAGGCCAAUGAAAUACUUGAAAUACAUGUUGCAAAAUAUAAUAAAAAAUAUGGUAAAUUAAAUUCGCACAUUUAAUUUUACUAAUUGUAUAAAUAAUGUCUUCUACAAUAUUAAUCAAAUGCAGUAUAAUAUAGUUGCUCAUGGUUCUUUUUGUAUUUUGUGUGGGAUCAUGUUUUUUUUGUUCGUGUUCAGAGCCUUUACUUAUUAUUUUAGUAAUUAAUUAUAAUUUUCAUACAAUAUGGGAAAUGUUUUUAUAGUGUAUAUUGAUAGUUGAUUUUUAUUUUGUGAAAGAAACUUUAUUUGAAUGUCUUAUGAUCACCCUAUUUAGGCAUCAAGUAUUAUAAAUUGGCAUAUUAUGUUAAUGUAAUUUUAUUUCUCCUCAUAUUUAAUUCUUACAUUUAGUGUUUUUUAACAACGCCGUUGAAUAGAUAAUUUAUAUUUUUAUUACCUUUAUGGCUACAUUUUUAUCCAUGUCUCAUUUUUGUAAAUUAUAAUUAGAGUGCGGAUUUAUAAUCUCUUAAAAUAGCUAAAAUAUGUUGCUUAUAUUCUCUUAAAAAUUUGUAUAUAUAUUUUUUUAUUAAUUAUUUGUGUAAAAUAAAAUGUAAAACAAAUUUAAUAAAUAAUAAUUAACAAAUUAAUUAUAUUAAAUAUUUUUUAAACUUUGUUUUUAAUGUUGAAUUUAUAAGCGGAAUAACACACAAAUUAAAAUAAUAAAUU